GUUAUAAAUGUCAUGGUCAACAACAAAACUAUUUUUUUUACAGAGAGUAAUUGCUAAUUUUUUAUAUAUUAAAUUAAAUACCGCCUAAUACACAAUGCCAAAGGCAAAAAAGGGUGGAAUGGUAAAGAAUGCCAAAACACCAGAUAUCAGUGUUGCCACGGCAGUUGAUAAAGCAUUUUAUGAACUAAAAAUCGAGGAUUUGAACAGACGAUUAGCAAGAAUUAGAUCGCUGAACGAAGAACUGGAAAAUAAAAACGAAGAACUAGAAACCCGUUACAAAACCUUAGACGAAGACCGCUCAGAUGUCAUAAGUUACCUUAAACGAGUGAUGCAAGACAAGGUCCAGGAGAAUAAAGAUUUAAAUACAAGAAUCACACAGUUGGAGGAAGCACGUGUUCAAGAUGACCUCAACUGUAAGUCUGUCAUAAAAGAAAUGAAGGCAGACUACAAACUUUUGCAUGAACAGCUAACCUCUGAAAUAAAGAUGUUAAACGGAAAGAUAAAUUCCUUAGACGAAUUUAGACAACAAAAGGAAGAAUUGAUGAAGAAAUUCAUAGCACAGGAGCAAGCACUUGAUGAGCAGGAAGUUAGGCAUAAACGAGAAAUGUAUGACAUUGAGAAGAAGUUUGUUAUGGGAAAAGAUCAAUUAAAAAGAGAUAUGGAAGCUCGCCUGAUGGAACUCUCAUCAGAUUUUCAAAAUGUAACUGAAAUUCGAAUUGCUGCUACUACUAAUAGGGUUGUAAGGGAAAACAUUGCAAUUAACAACGAAUUAAAUACGAUGAUUGACACGCACCAACGACUUUACGACGAAAAUGAGCUUCUUAAGGAGAGUAACAAGACUUUUAAAUUGGAAGCAGAGCUGCAUAAUACAGAAAAGAAGAAAGCUGUCUCUAGGUCAUCAACUCAAACUAAGCUUAUCUGUAAAAUAACGUCUGAGUAUGAAGAUAUGAAACGAAGGUUACGCAAAUACAAAAACAUAGAAGCCGAUUCAAUUAAGCUAAGAAGUGAACUUGGCACCCUACUGAAGGAAAAGGAGAAUCGCCAAUUCCACAUCUGCCUAUUGGAACAAAAUCUGCAUGCCAGUAGAUGUGAACGUGGAGCAUUAAAAACGGAACUCGAUUAUUGUAAAGAUGAGUUGGGCCGUUUAACGACGAUUUUAUAUGAAUCUUUAAUGUCCAUAAAAGUGGAGUUAAUGAAGAAGCCGACACCAACUAAAAGGGCCGCAAAAGCGCCUAAUCGUGAAACUCUACUCAAUAACCUUAUCAUUUCAAUGAGCCGAGCCAAGGAAGAAAAACCAUUACAUUCUUCCUUAGAAUCGGUUGAGUCCGUUUCUCUACUGUAUUCUCAAGGGGACUUGGGACUUGUGCCAAAACCGGUUGUCUUAAGAUCCAAGUUUCCCACAAGAAAUCAUAAGGAAAUACAAAUGGGGCCCAGUUUCGAAACUUUACUGGCUAAUUAUGUUCCGCCGGUAAUUAGCCAAUCGGAAAUCAGUGAAAUGGAUGAAAACGUAGAAGAGAUAGCGCAAUCUGUCACAGUGGAUGAAUUUUUCAUUCCAAAGGAAGUGCCAGAGACAUCCGAAGACGAAAUAGAGGUGUUUGGUGAAAGUACCGAAUUAGAAACAGCUUCAAGUUCCACUACUUCCGUUUCAGAAUACGAGCAUGUGCUGAGAGAAUCCCAUCAAAUAUCUCAAGCGGCGGCGGAAACUGUGCAAAUUAUUCAAGAUGAGAUAGAGACGAAAGAAGUCGAUACUGUGCAAUUAGAGUCGGACGUGGAGGAGUCGGGCGAGGGGGAGUCGGGCGCGGAGGAGUCGGGCGUGAAGGAGUCAGAUGAAGCUUCAGAAGAAGAAUUCGAUAUUGAUGACCUUGAAAAUCGACUCUAA